CAAUAAAGGCAGUCAAGGAGGCAACACCUUCAACCCUCUUAUUAGGAGACACGAAGUCUGAAGCCUUCGCUCUCCCUGGCUUCCUACCUGAGCGAGGGAGGGCGGGCUGACGCCUUCUACAGAAAAGAUCUUGUUAAACUUUCAACAGAGGGCAACGGGAGGGAAAGCAGAAAGGAAGGAAAGAGAGAAGGAGAGAGAAACAAAUGGGGCUUUUUCUAAUCUGUGCCGAUCAAGGAGAACCUGUAGGGGUCCUUAAGGAGGUUUCAAGGCGUUCCGAGUGAUUGGAAAGUAAUCACCGUGUCAGCUUCACCUUUCUCAUGCAAAGUGGAUGUCGUAUGCGAGGCGGAUCCUGCACAGCCGCCCCCAAAGCCCCAGCUGCCGCGGCCGCAGGAGCAGGCGAGGCGGGGGAGCGGAGCCGGCACAGACACCACGCACACUCCAGCCCCGCUCGGCACGGCGCGGCGGAGCCGACCUAUUGCAAACCCGGACCAGAGGGCGGCGAGGAGGGGGGGAUUUCUCAGGCCCCCCUCUUCAAUGGCUUAGAUAUUUCCUCCCCCUCCUCCUCCUUUAUUCCGCGCUCGGAUAAACCAAUCUCCACCUCUCGGCAAGAAAGUGACGAGCCGCGACCCGUCGGAGGAGCGGAGAACCCCCGGAGACAGCGGCGGCAGCAAAGCCGCCCGGGACAUGUGCGAGGGGACGCGGUGAUCGCCCGGCCGUGCCCGCACCGAACUCCGCGCACAUCGCUCGGCCGGGCGGCGGCGGCGGGCCGCAGGAAGGAGCGGAGCGCAGGGAGGUGGGCAGGCGGAUCGCGAAAGUGGAAGCCCGGGGAGCGGAAAGUUGCCGGGCUGCCCGCAGUAAGUUCGGCGCUUCUGCGGAGCGGGGGCGCUUUCCCUUCCGCCGGCCGCCGCCCGGGCGCUCCCCGCGGGGCCCGGGCGAUGCUGCCCCGCUCCGCCGGCGCUGCGGCCCCGCCGCGCUCGGGGCCGAUGCUGCGGCGAGCAGGGCCCGGCCGGCCGCUGCUCUGA